CGGUUAUCGAGCCGAGCUCUACGCGGGACGUAUAAUUUGUAAUUAAUAAAUCCGCUCAAUCGCAACUCUGGAUGCACCUGGCGAUGCGGACAUGAUCGCCGUCGCAGAACCGCCGCUGGAGUUUGUGCCGCGCGGCCGUCAGUCGUCCGCGGAGCACCCGGGACCGCAUGACCAGCCAUUGGCGCGUCACCAGCUGCCCACCACGGAGCACCUGCUGCUGCAGCGGCUCCAGAAUGUGAAUAUCUCCUCCGGCGGCCUCGAGGAUUCGCCCUCGUCGGGUGGCCAGGAGUCGUGGACGAUACGGGAGCUGUACGAUGACUACGAGGCCGCCGAGGAGCGGGCCGCCCGGCGGCGCCAGCUGAUCGAAAGGACCAAGCGAUGCGGUCCCAAGGCGGCGGCGGCCACGCAGCUCACCUCGCUGCCCCAGAGCCUCCUGCAUCCGCAGGUGGAACGCGGACGCGAGGAGCCCAUGUGCGACUAUGUGGUGAACAACGAGGAGGAGCUCUAUGUGCACCGCAACACCGUCGUUUGGACGCAGGGCUUCAACGAUGACGAUGAUGAUCACGAGAAUGGGGUGUACAAGCGCAUGUGCUUCACCAGCGACUCGCCGGUGCGCUUCGCCUGCUUCCUCAAUCGCAGCUUCGUGAGGGGACGACUGGCGCAGCUUAAGGCGGCCGUUCAGUCGCAGGAUGACCAGCUGACCGCCAUCUGUGUGAUGGAUCAGGAUGCACUGCGUGUGUACUGCAAUGAUGGCGAGGAUUUCCUGGCCAAUCUGGACUUUCCCGUCUCGCAGGUGUGGCAGACCAAGCAUGGUUUGCUGCUGGAAAAGGAUUCCAGCAAUGCCUUGAUCUCUCAUCUUUCGAUUCCCAUGCCGCGACUCUUCUCCAUGUCGCAUCCGCUGCACGAAGCCUGCCCGGUGGUCCUGAAAACCGCCACCAGCUCCACGGGCUACAUGACCGAACCGGAAUUUAGCGUGGUCUUCACCACCGAGGAUUCGGAUUUGGUGCUGCUGUACGACGCCAAGUUCUUCAAGCAUUUCGUGGCCCGGCUGCGCAAGGUGACGCCCGAGGAGGUCAACUAUGUGGGCCAGCAGCAGCAGGAGCUCAGCCAGACGCUCCUGGGUCCGCGCUCCCAGAUGGGCGGCAAUAGCUACAGCUUCAGUUCCACCAAGCAGACGGGGGCCACGCCAAAGGCGGGAAAUGCCUCGUUUCUGGGCAGGAAUAACACCACCGCCGGCCUGGGCAACCUCUCCAAGUUCGGACUCAGCCAGUCGCAGUCUUUCAGCGGAGUUCUGGGCCAAUCCAAUCGCGCUUCAUUAGGCACUCCGCUAAGCCAACUGCAGAGCAGCAUUAGCCAGCAGUCGAUGUCGGUGAAGGACAUGCGCAAAAUGACGCAUGUGAAGCCGGCCAAGCCCAUUGAGCCGGAGAUGUGUUUGGAGCACAUUUGGACCGAGAACACCUAUGGAACGCAGCGGGAAUUCUGUGAAAUGGCCACCCGGGCCUUUAUCCACACGGAUCUCGUGGGUCAGACCUUUUUGUGCUACCUGCUGGCCCGCUCCUGCCGCCUCCAGAUGGUCAGGCUCACGGGCUACGGCAGCAGCGAGGUGCAGCUCUCUACUUUGGCCGCCACGCUGGCCGCCAAGGAUGCAGUGGGUCUCUCACGCAUGCACAUGAUCGCCGUUCUCGAUCCGAGUGGUAGUUUGAUCUUGUACACCGGCACCGUGCUGAUUUCCAAGGUGCACAUUACACCGCUGCUGGCUCCAAUGGCUACUACUACUGCUGCUACUGCUGUGAAAACCCCUGCUGCAAAUCACUCUGGCAGCAGCUCCUUUGUGGAGGUGCGUCGCAGCAGUUUGCUGCCCACCAAAGCACCCGCGGAUUUGGCCGCCUUCGACGAGGAGCUGCACAUGCUGUCGCCCAUCGCUCCGCAGGCGGUUUCCUAUACGCAAAGGCAGGCGCAUAAUGUGUGCAAAUCUCUGCGAGAUCCGGCGGGCAAUCGAUUGACUCUAGUUUAUGCCACCGGCAGGAUGCUGAGGAUUGCCUUGCCUUUGCUAAACGAUACGCGAUUGCUGACCCGUUGCGUGGCCACUUUGCGGCAGGUUUUGAGCCCCGCACAGUUUCUGCACUUUGUGAUCCGCUGGUACAGCGCCAGGAAUCCGCCCGGUUCGAGGGACUACUCGAUAGAGCAGGAAUGGCAGCUCUUUCGCUGCACUCUGCUGGCUUUGAUGGGCUUGACCGCUGCUCCGGAUGUGGAGGCGGGCGAGGGAUACGAUGGCAGGUGUGCCACGCCGCCUUUAAAUGCUCAUUUCGGUGGAGUAGGAACAGCGAAUGCCACUGGUUCCGGCGACGGAUCCAAUUGCAGCUCCAAUUCCACGCUGGGCGCCCAGGAUGAGCCGAAGAAGCGGCGGAAGUACAACGAUUGCGAGGACUACACCGACGACGACUGGGAGUUCCUGCUGCUGCAGACGACACUCGCGCCCUGCGGUGCCGAUGGCCAUAGCUACAGCGUGAACAUCAGUGCGCCACUGUUCCAAAUGAUACCCGCCAUCUUCUUUAGCCUGCAUCUGCUGUACGAGGAUCUCAAGCUGGACGCUGUCUUCUAUGCGGCGCUUCCUUACCUGGCAACGUUCCUUCACCAGCUGGCCAUUGACAUGCAGCUGGACAGCUACGUGCUGCACUACAUCCUCGACUUCCCGGAGCUGUGCAAUCGCACGGGCCGCCAGUCGCUGCUGGGCGCCGAGCACGGAGCGAUGAUGCUGCACCAGGAGCUCCUCCGCGUGCCGGCACCCAGUGUGUUUGCCCAACUGGAGCACAUAGUCGUCGGCGAGGAGGAGGUGAUGCCCUACAGUUUUGUGGAGUGUGUAAACGAAAGGAGUCGCAAUUUGCUGCAGCUCGUUUCGCUGGUGGUUCAUGGACAGGAGCGUUUGAAGCACUGGUGGCAGCUCCUCGAGAUUCCCGAGGCCGUUCAGUCCAACUAUCCGCGGCGUGCGAAGCGCAGCAUUACGGCGGAUGCUCCACGCUGUCACCAGAUGCUCGAGUUGCUCCUGGCCAUGCGGUUGACUCGCCGGGAUAUUGAACGCUUUCCCGCCGCCGUUCAUUUGAUUGUGGCCGAGGCUCUGGAGGAGGCUCGCCUGUCGCCGCCCAUGGGCUGCAGCAUGGCCACCUAUGAGUUGAUUUUACGUCCCGAACUGGCUGCCCAUGCGCAGCUACCUUUCCUGGACACGACGACGUCGACGAGCACGGGGCAACCGCAUUGCGGGCGGGUCUACAAGGAGGAUUCCCUGUCGGCCAGAUGCCCGCCGAGCGGAGGAGCGGAAUCAGCGGAGUCAACGGAGCAGUUGCGACACGACGACAUGGAUAAUAUGGACACGAAGCUGCUGCGCCUGCGCUUCCCCGACGACAUGCGCGUGGAGGAGGUGCGCCGGCUGCUGAACAGCUCGGAACCGGUGGUCAUUGAGGUGCAGCAGGCGCCGGGCACCAGCGACCAUGAGUUUAUAGAGGAGCAGGAGAAGCAAUUGUUUGCUCUAUGCUCUCGUACGAUGACUUUACCUUUGGGACGUGGAAUGUUCACCCUACGCACAAUGAUGCCGCGACCCAGCGAUAGUCUGGCCAUGCCCAAGCUUUGCCUGGUGGGCAGGGAGCCGCUGAAAGGAACCACCAUUGAGAUGCAGCAGAUUGAAUUCCCGGCGAACAUGCAAAUGUGGCCAUCGUUUCACAAUGGCGUGGCCACUGGCUUGAAGAUCUCACCGCAGGCGCAGGACAUUGACUCCAAUUGGAUAGUUUACAAUAAGCCCAAGACGCAGGCUAAUAAUUCCCUGGAGCACGCUGGUUUUCUCAUGGCUUUGGGUCUAAAUGGUCACCUGAAAACGCUCUCCUUCAUGAGUGUCUACAAAUAUCUGGUGAAGUGCGAUGAGAUGACCAAUGUGGGUCUCCUGCUGGGCAUUUCGGCGGCCCAUCGCGGCACCAUGGAUACGAAAACCACGAAGUUAUUAAGCGUCCAUUUGGAGGCUCUACUACCCGCAACCGCCAUGGAGCUAGACAUACCGCAGAGCACACAGGUGGCCGCCUUGAUGGGCAUUGGUUUGCUGUAUCAGGGCUCCGCCAAGCGUCACAUUGCCGAGGUGCUGCUGCAGGAGAUUGGGAGACCGCCGGGACCCGAGAUGGAGAACAGCGUGGAGCGCGAAUCGUAUGCCAUGACCGCGGGACUCUCGCUGGGAUUGGUCACCUUGGGUCAGGGUGAAUCUCCCGCUGGGCUGAGGGAUCUGCAGCUGCCGGACACGCUGCACUAUUACAUGGUCGGCGGGGUGAAGCGACCGAUUAGCGGCUCGCAAAAGGAGAAAUACCGGCUGGCCUCGUUCCAAGUGCGCGAAGGCGAUAGCGUUAAUAUCGAUGUCACUGCACCGGGCGCCACUUUGGCCUUGGGACUGAUGUUCUUCGGUUCGGGCAAUGCGGCGAUUGCCGAGUGGAUGCAGCCGCCGGACUCGCGCUAUCUCCUCGAUAUGGUGCGACCCGAUUUCCUCCUGCUGCGCACGAUUGCCAGGGGCCUCAUCCUCUGGCAAGACAUCCGGCCGGACAGCGAGUGGUUCCACGCCCAGUUUCCCGCCAGUCUGCGCGUCCACCUGCGACUCCCGACGCGCGAUGAGGGCUCAAACGGUGAGGACGGCGACGUUGACUACGAGGCCAUCACGCAAGCCUACUGCAACAUCAUGGCCGGAGCGGCCUUUUGCAUUGGCCUCAAGUACGCCGGCACCGAGGACAUGGUGGCCUUCGCCACGCUGCGUGCGGUAAUCAAGGAAUUCCUCGGCUACCCGGGCACACCGAUGGGCGAGUGUGCCGGCCGCACCACCGUGGAGAGCUGCCUGAUGGUCCUGCUCAUCUCGAUUUCUCUCGUUUUUGCCGGUUCCGGCAACUGCGAGAUCCUGCGCAUCAUUCGCUAUUUAAGAUCACGCGUGGGUCCGCAGUAUCCGCACAUCACCUACGGCUCCCACAUGGCCAUACACAUGUCGCUGGGGCUGCUGUUCCUCGGCGCCGGUCGCUUCACCAUCGCCAAGACGCCGGAAUCGAUAGCGGCGCUGGUCUGCGCCUUCUUUCCCAAGUUUCCCAUACACAGCAACGACAAUCGUUACCAUCUGCAGGCGCUGCGACAUCUCUAUGUGCUCGCCGUGGAGCCGCGCCUCUUUCUGCCCCGCGACAUCGAUACCCAUCAGCUGUGUUUGGCCAACAUUUCGGUGCUGGAAGUGGGCGCCACCGAGCUGCGCCGCCUGCCCAUCGCUCCCUGCAUCCUGCCGGUGCUGAGCAGCCUGCAGCGCGUGGUGGUGGACGAUGAGAACUAUUGGCCGGUGUGCUUCGAUCGCUCGCGCAACUGGCAUCAGUUGGAGAAGGCGCUCGAGAUGAGUGCACCGAUUGAUAUCAAGAAGCGAACUGGGUGUUUGUCUCAUUUGGAGGACCCCGACCGGCUGAAGAGCAUGCUGGCCCAGACUUUGACCAUGGAGCAGAGCAUCUGCUGGCAGAUCGACAUGAACGACCUGCAGCAGUUUGCCAGCGAGCGGAUGAUAAAGCAGUUCCUCAGUCGCUGUUUGGCCACCAAGGGCACGGAUUUGAGCUACCCGGAGCUGGUGAAGCGCCACCAGAUGAUGCUGCUCUUCUACAAUGCCGUGGUCAAGGAUCGGAUGCAUUUGCUGCCCGUUUACCUAACGCUAUACGAUCACGUGACCAAGUCCAUGCUGAACAACAUCGAUGUGUGGCAGCUAAAGCUGAUCGAUGCGUAUUUGAGUCGCAGCCAGGAGUCGGAGCAUCCACUAAUCUCCGUGGAGCUCAUCCAGAUGCUGCAGGAGCUCUUCAAGCAGGCCAUGGAGGACUCCACCCGGGAGUUAUGCCUGCCGCUGCGCGAGUUUCUCAGCCGCAAGCGUCUGGAGCCGAGCUAUGUGACCACUGUGAGUGGACCGGAUUUGCAGCGAGCCUUCUGUGUGAUCAAUUACUAUAAUUUGCUGCCGAAUAUGUUGAGUGGCGUGGAUUUGAGUGCGGGAACGGUGAACUAUAUGCGCAUACUGUACGAAUUCCGGCAGCUGAAUCUCGGGGCGCACACCAUCUUCGGGCUGCUCAAGAUCCUCCAGUCGCUCCAGACCACCGAGGUGGUAACUUUGGAUGAGGCGGCGCUAUUGGCCUACACCAUGGCCACCCAAUGAUCCCCGUUGGACAUUAUACUCUUGUGCGAAGCCUAGAAUACAUAUAUAUGUUGUAAUAUAUCCGCUUGAAACUCGAUAUUCAUUGG